AUGCCGCUUAAAUCCACCAUGAUUAGAGCUCAAUCGUGCACUUUCCAGAACCAUAACACUGCUCCAGAAAAUCACGCGGUACUCAAUCAACGUGAAUUUCUCUUGCUUUCUCUCCCGACACCGAUUAGCAGCGGCGGGAGGUGGAACAUUGUGGAGGAGGUGGAACAUUGUGGAGGAAUGAAGCGAUCGAGAAAAAAAAGGUGUGCGAAUGCACAGAUUCAAAUGAUUGAGAGGUCGGUGAAAUCGAAAAAGUGCGGCGGGGAAGAAAUCUGCGGCGAGAAAAUGCAAGAAAAAACGGUGUAG